ACCGACCACAUAAUAUCCGCCGCCGGAGUCCGGAAGGGAUCUCGCGUUCUGGUGUGCAUGGGAAGCGAGUGGUUUAUUGAUCGUUUGAUAGAGUCGGCGCCGAGCUGCGAGCUUCUUCUGGUCAUACACGAGUCUAUUUUGGUGCUGGCGAUGAUCAAGGAGAAGUAUGACGAGAUAAGGUGUUGGCAAGGGGAGAUUACAGCCUUACCGGAGAGGUUUUCGCGGUUUGACGCGGUGUUUGCGUGCUAUUUUCCCGGCAUGGGCAUUCCUCUGGACCAGCUUCUCAGCUCUGCUGGCAGAUGCUGCUCACCAGG